UGGUACAAAACGUACUGCGCAUGCGUACAGACCGGGCGGAAGACGUAUGUGCGUAAAGCGGAAGCUGUAACGUCCUUUCUGCUCUCGGACUGCCAUCAUGGUGAGUUCGCCAUGAGAGUGUUAGCAUUUUAAAAUUCGAGUUUCUCUCUAUAUAACUGAUAUUGCUAACACAGUUAGAGUCAUUUAGUCUUAACACAUCCAUGCGCGUAUUUCUGAUGUAUUUGAUACAUGAAUGCUGGCAUAUAUAAAGUUUUUAUACUGUAUGAAAAGAUGUCUGCUAAUUUCCGUACAACAACGUGGUCAAUCCGGCUGAAAGGCCCGAUCAGUGUAAUGUUAAACCAGCGCGUUUUAACCGCACUAUUGUUGGAUUAUGAUCAUACAUCGGUUCUCAAAGACACUCUUCUAACAAGUUUCAGUCUUAAAUUGUCAUGUAUCUGGUCCUUUUACUAUCCACGGCACACCGACCGCGAUCAGAAGAGCAGCUCACUAACGCUGCUCGGAUGAACCGUAGGAAUCAGCUGUGGCUGUUCACAGCAACACAGCAAGAAAGAAAUGCUUUAUUUUAGCUCUAUCUGCCUCAAAACUGAGCGUUUCUGUUUAUCUAGAUAUGUAGGUGUCAUGCUGCGAGGUAGCAUUUGUAAAAACAGCCCAGAAUUGUAAUCUUACGCACCCCAACUAUCCAAAAAAGGCGAAGCACGUUGAUCCUUCGAUUUUGAUUAUUGAAAUUGUUAUUAUUUUUAGUUAUUGAAUAUUAGUUUUUGUGUUCCCUUUUCUCUAUCCCAGGUGUUCAAACGCUUCGUUGAGAUCGGCCGUGUUGCCUACAUCUCAUUCGGACCCCAUGCUGGCAAGCUGGUGGCCAUCGUAGAUGUUAUCGACCAAAACAGGGUGAGUACUGUGGAAGAGAGCGCACUGAUCAGUAUUAGAGUUUUUUAAACAUAUUAUUCUGUUAUUAACUAUGGCAUGUAUCCUGUGGUUGUCAGGCUCUUGUUGAUGGUCCCUGCACUGGUGUGAAGAGACAAGCCAUGCCCUUCAAGUGCAUGCAGCUCACAGACUAUGUCAUCAAAGUACCUCACAGGUAGGUGUACACAUGAGCAGAUCUAGACUAUCAAAACUCGUCAGCAUUUCGUCAGUGUCACCUAUCUCAAAGGAAUCAGAUUUCAGUUUUGUGUCUUGUUUGCAAAUGUGUGUAGAGCGUAGUAUAACAUGGGUUAUAAAGCAUUAUAUAAGUUUUAAGAAACCCACAGGCUUCUUACCUGGUUAAAUUAAAAAUAAAAAAGCCCCUAAGAUUAAACUAGUGCAAAUUACUUUGAACUGGUGGGAGGUACUCCCAAUUUGCACCUUUUUUUAUUUUUUCAUUUUUAUUUUUUUCUUCUCCUUUCUGUUCUUUGUUUUGGUCAUUUAGAGCAGUGGUCCCCAACUUUUGUAGUACCAGGGACCAGUUUCAUGCAGGAAACUUUUUCCAAGGCCUGGGUAGGGGCGUGGAAGUUCGAAUAACAAAAACCUUAAUCAGUACAUAGUAUGUAAUCUGGAUACAACAAUUACAUUUUAUAUUAGGCCCUUUUCAUUACUCUUUAACAUCAACUCACCAUAAUGCAGAAUCAAGACCCUCCUCUCUCCAGUGAACUCUGUUUCUGGCUCAUUUUUUCAAGGGCUAACAAGAGUCAAGCGUGAAAUUGAGGCGAUGGCAGAAGUGGUGGUCUUUCAAAAUAAGACACUGGGAGGACGGAGGAAAAGAAAAAAUAUAUUUGGACAUUAUUUUUUUACGGCCCGGUACUAAUUGAUCCACGGACCGGUACCAGUCCGGGGCCCAGUGGUCAGGGACCUCUGAUUUAGAGAAUCUUAUCAGUAAAUGAAGUGCAUGAACUUGCAUUAAAUGUUGUAAAUCUUGUGUGAAGAAGUCUCCCCUCCCCUACACAAGAUGAGUGUGGGCAUCAAUUUACUCAUGCUUUAUUUUACCAAGAGUUGUUUCAGAUUUUAUGUAAUGAAAUAUUCAUACUUCUAUUGACUUCAUGUGCUGGUUUGCAGUGCCCGUCAGAAGUUUGUGAGGAGAGCCUGGGAGAAGGCUGGAGUCAACGAGAAGUGGGCACAGAGCAGCUGGGCCAAGAAGAUCGAGGCCAGGCAGAAGGUAAAAAAGUUUGACAUUGGUUGGAGAAUAUAUUUAAGAUGGAUCAUAGAGUGGUUAGUUUUGUUCAUAAUAAGCAUUAAUAAGUCGUCAGCUUAAUGAAAAUCAUUCUGAUCAGAGAACAAGUUCACUGUUUAAAUGGGAACGAAUGAAGUGAUCUGAUUCAGAUGUGGAUGCAUUGAUUUGUUGCCUAAAGGAAGCUGGGAUAUGUAGCAAUGUGAGCAAUGCUGGAAAUGCUGCUUUAACGUUUCUCCUUCAUAGUGCAAUAUUUAUAUAUAAGAAUACAGUUGUGUUUGAUUUAAAUUCAAGACAAGAGGCCAAUCAAGACUACAUUGGUUGGGUGCAGGAGGUCAGUCCCGUCAUGUCAAAUGAUGCAGACAUGGGCAGUGAGAUCAAUUUUCCCCAUUGACCUGAAAUUCAAACCUGGCAUACAGCCCUCUCAAUCAUGUUUAAAUUCCUGUCCUAAUGGGAUCAGAUCAGCUGUCUCUGUGAGUAAUUCCUACUCUGAUCAGCCUGUCAUUUGCAGUCACAGGUGAUCCAUGUAGGCAUAGUAUUGACUGUGGUGUUUGAUUUCUCAGCCAUAAUAGUUGCAAAUAAGAUUCACCACAACAAAUGUGAAAUUUCCUCUGGAGUGAGGUUAAUGAAUUAGAUGGGUUACUGAAUUUAACUUGAAACAAUUUUUUUUAAAUUGCAGAUUAACUUUUGCCUUGUAAAGCAAACAUUCAUUUUAUUUUUAUAGUUUUUUUAGGGCUGAAAAUGUUAUUUUCACUAACCAUCAAUGAAUGGAAUCUUUUUGUCAGAGUUUUUAAGCUUAGGAUUUGUAGAUGCAAAAGUGGUAUUUUUCAUUGUGGGUUGGCUGCAGUGUUGUGCUCAAAACACCUUGACAGGACAUGUCCCACUGACAGUGACAUUCAUACACCGACAGUGUAUAUGUAGGCUGUUAUGUAAAGCACCUAUCAGUAUUGCUUGCUGAGAACAGCCGAUGGGGGCUGUUUUAGAGUUACAUAUCUUACCCAAGGACACUUUGGCGUGUGAGAAGUGGGACCUGGGAUUGAACUUCCAACAUUCAGAAUGAGAGAUAUUAAUCUCUCUCUGGGCCACAGUCACCCCUAGUGUAGGCAUGUCAAACCAAAACCCAAUACAACACUUGCUGCAGAAGCAUCAAGGUCAUAGUGAUGAUUGUGGCAAAAUGAAACCAUCAUAUCACAGCAGAUUAGAAAACGAAUUGGCACACAUGACAGAUGUUUGCUUUGCUUCUAUGCCAUGUUUCAUGUCUGAUAUUUAUCUUUACUCAGAGAAAGUAUAAGAUGCUGUGUGCAUUUUAUGCUGCUGUUUUCCCUAUUUUUUGAAUACAAGGCCCUCUGGUAUGGCCAAACAGUGCUCGGCUGCUGCUCAAACUGCCAUUAAUGUUUGUGCCCAUCCUCAAACUGAAUUCUUGCCUACGUUAUAGAUAAAAUAUGUGAUCUGUUUUUUUUCUCAUGGUCUUAUUUGUCUUUGCAGAGGGCCAAAAUGUCUGACUUUGACCGCUACAAGGUGAUGAAGGCCAAGAGGAUGGUAAGGAAAUCACUUAAUUCUACUGUUUUAAUGAAUGACGGGACAGUGUGCCAAUAAAAACAUCAACUUUAUCACAGAUGAUUAGUACUAACGUUUUGAUCAGGCAGUUCUGUAACUUGCAAUGUUCAUAUUUUUAUAAAGAUAAUCUCUCAAGGCUUCCUCUGAAAAAUACUGAAUAUUCCUCAGCUUGUUUACUUGUGAAGUCAGACCUUGUAUCUGUUGGAUACAGCUGCACUGAAUGGAAUUGGGAACUUUCCACAGAGCACUGACUAAACUGCUGUAGUGAAUACGGUUCAUGAUGGGUGGCUUUGAUUGAAUUGUGCCAGUGAGCAAAUAGAAAAUGUUAGUGCCAGUUGUCGCUCUGCACAGGGCAAAUUGGAAAUGAUAAACGUAUCAAGCCACAGCUGAACUUGACGGUGAUUUUAUUUUUGUGCUUAGUACUUUAAUUAAUGCAUGAAUUGUCUUUGUUUCUGCAGAGGAACAAGAUCAUCAAGCACGAGGUGAAGAAGCUGCAGAAGACGGCAGCAAAGAAAUGAAAAGUUUCUCCAAAUAAAUCUCUGGUUUAAUUGUUCAUCGGUGUCUUCUCGUCUGUGCCCACUUGCUGAAACAUGUAACAAUCAAGAAAAUAAUUCUAUUUCUGGGAAAAAAGCAAUUAGACUAAAGUGUUAAAUAAGUGUUACACUUAUUGGAUAAAGUAUUUGAAGUUUGUACAUAAAGGAGGUUGUAUAUCUUGAUCAUAAGUUUGGAUUUGGAACUGAAGACUUGUGCAGAUGAAUGUAAAAAGAUGCAAAUAGAAGUUAAUACAGGGGGAAAUAAAUGUAUUAGCAGCUACUCUUACAGAAAGGUUUCAAUAAAUUAUGACCGGUCAUAAAAAAAAGAUGCAUUAUAGCUGGAAGAGAAAUGGGGCAACUGGAAAAAACUUGUAAAUACACAGAAACCCACUUUAUUUCUUUGUACACCAACAGUUGUUCACUAUGAUGAAAUACCGAAUUGCAGAAAUUAAAAGGCUAAGUUGUUAGUACAAAUACCUAAAACUGGCA